AUGGACGAGUCAGGACUUGAGUGUCACACCAGGUCGCACCCCACAGGCAAUACCUGUCAGUGUACAGAAUGUGGAGAAGCCUGCCGUUGUCCCUCUCAACAAACCACUCCUGUGAGAACUCUUAAAGGACAAAACCUGGACAAAUGUAGUGUAUUCAGGAAGGACUUUUGUAUGCCAACCCUUCCGGUUCCUGUGACAACACCCAUUGGUGAGAAACACUGUGAAUAUAACAAAUGUGUGAAAGAUUUCUAUACUUUCUCGUCCAUUUGGACAAAUGUUAAAGGUCAUGAAGUUGAGUGUGAUGAUUGUAAAAUAAUUACUGAUCCAUCAUCGCUGAUGUUUCAUCCAAAGUUUCACAAGGCAGAUAAGUGUUAUGAAGGGAGACCCUAUGAAUGUAAGGAAUGUGGAAAAGCAUUUAGUUGGCUGUCCCACCUCUCUAUCCAUAAAAGAAUCCACAGUGCAGAGAGGCCCUAUGAAUGUAAGGAAUGUGGGAAAGCAUUUAGUGUACUAUCAAGCCUCUCUGUACAUAAAAGAACUCACACUGGAGAGAGAUCCUAUGAAUGUAAGGAAUGUGGGAAAGCAUUUAGUCAAUCCUCAACCCUCUAUAGAUAUAAAAGAAUUCAUAGUGGAGAGAGUCCCUAUGAAUGUAAGGAAUGUGGGAAAGCAUUUAAGCAGCCUUCAAGCCUCCAUGCACAUCAGAGAAUUCACAGUGGAGGGAGGCCCUAUGAAUGUAAGGAAUGUGGGAAAGCAUUUAAGUAGCCCUCAACCCUCUAUACACACAAAAGAAUUCACAGUGGAGAGAGGCCCUAUGAAUAUAAGGAAUGUGGGAAAGCAUUUAGUGUGCUUUCAGUCCUCUCUGUACAUCAAAGAAUUCACAGUGGAGAGAGGCCCUAUGAAUGUAAGGAAUGUGGGAAAGCAUUUAGUGUGCUUUCAGUCCUCUCUAUACAUAAAAGAAUUCACAGUGGAGAGAGGCCCUAUGAAUGCAAGGAAUGUGGGAAAGCAUUUAAGCACAACUCAAGCCUCCAUACACAUGAAAGAAUUCACAGUGGAGGGAGGCACUAUGAAUGUAAGGAAUGUGGGAAAGCAUUUACAUUUAGUCUGCUAUCAAACCUCUCUGUACAUAAAAGAAUUCACAGUGGAGAGAGGCCCUAUCAGUGUAAGGAAUGUGGGAAAGAAUUUAGUAGGUCCUCAACCCUCUAUACACAUAAAAGAAUUCACAGUGGAGAGAGACCAUAUCAAUGUAAGGAAUGUGGGAAAGGCUUUACACAGGCAUCGAAGCUCACCUCACCUAUGGUAUCUCACAGUGUAAAGAGUCCUUUGUAUAUGUCUUUGGCUAUUACAGGGUUGAGAAAGAAGCUGAGCGUUAACAGUUUAUAUCCUGUAUCUUUCCUCAGCAGCCAGCAGAGUAGCCAGCAAAGCAGCCACGAUGAUGAUUCGAGCCGGUUCCUGAGUCCUCGAGUGCGGGAGGAAAGCUGUUUGAUUGCCAUCCAGUAA